CUGAGAAGAGUAAUACUGUAUCGAUUAAAAGGACCUUUAUAAAACUAAAAUCAUGCAUUCAGAAACAUACUGCUAUCCUGAUAAUAAUGAAACUUGCAUUAAAAUCGUGAGGCAAACCGAAAUAUUAAUAUUGCUUUACCUCUCCGCAGGAAUUCUGUUUGUAGCUACUGUGUUUGGAAACUUGUUUGUGAUCAUCACCGUCUCUCAUUUCAGGGAGCUUCACACUCCUACUAACUUACUUAUCCUUUCGCUUGCUGUGGCAGAUUUUCUAAGCGGUUUUCUUAUUCUGCCGUUUCAGUUUAUUGAACUAAUAGAGGAUUGCUGGUACUUUGGUGAUGCAUUUUGUCCUUACUAUCAAAUAUAUUUAUAUUUUUUACUUUUUGUUUCUGUUUUAAAUUUGUUAAGUAUAUCAUUUGACCGCUACUUUGCUGUGUGUAAUCCAUUUUUUUACAGCAGAUAUGUAACAAAUUCAGUGGCAGGUACAUGUAUUAUUUUCAUAUGGUUGUUAGCAUUUUUCUAUUCAUAUGCAUUUGUUAUUCAUACUGGAGGUUUUGUUGUAACCUUCUUGUGUGUGGGUAUGUGCAGAUUUUAUCAUUCUUUAUACUGGUGGAUAAUACAUCAUGUACUGACGUUUUUAUUGCCUAUGAUGAUUAUAAUUUGUUUGUAUUCAGUAAUAUUUGUUACAGCAAGAAGACACGUAAAAGCUAUCAACUGUAUGAUGCAAGAGACAAAAUCUGCAGACAGCAAAAAUAAACCAUUGUCUAAAGCAUCUGAAAUAAAAGCUGCUAAAACCCUAGGAAUAGUGAUAAUAGCUUAUAUCGUUCUCUGUUCACCUGGCUUUAUGUUUUUUCUAGUUCAAAUAUUUUUCAAAACCAAUUUAAAAGAUUUACCAACUGUGCAGUUAGUUGUGAGUUAUUUAAUAGCACUGAAUUUCUGCAUUGAUCCAAUUAUUUAUGCUUUGUUCUAUCCUUGGUUCAGAAAAUCUUUAAAAAUGAUGGUGACAUUAGAAAUAUUUAAUCAACACUAAUGUCUAA